GUUCUUUACUAUUUUAAGUUGAUAAUACUGUUGGUCCGAGAUUGUUUUUACUUUUAAUUUAUUUGUAAUUUCUGUUCUUACCUGCUUAUGUAGAGGUGAUAUUACCUUUCAUUUACUUUUCAUUUCUUUUAUCUCAUUAGAUUUUGUGAGGCCUUGUUUUAAAAUGUUCGCUGUCUGUCGAGUUUGUUUCUCAAAAACACGCAUUGCAGCUUUAAAAUUGCUGCAAAACUCUCACAAUGGUUUAAUGUCCUAUCCUUAUCAAGGCAUCUCAACCCCAUCUAAAAACAAUAUCCAUUCAUCAUGUCGUCAAGACAGUGAUAGAAUUACACUCAAUGAGAUUGGAGGCAAAAAUGUUGUUCCUCAAAACGUUGAAUUUUUUGACCCGGAAAAAGAAUUCUUUGAAGAUCUGAAUACAGAUGCAAAAACAGAGUCUCCAGUUGUUGAGUACAAUGAACAGGAGUUGCCAAUAUCUGCCGACAGUUUUGCAGCGUAUGCUAAUGUCUCUGAAGUUCUACAAACUCUCAUUAUGUUCGGUGUCGAGCUAUACAAAAUUGAAAAGCACAACCCGACUGCAAUGCAGUUCUAUGUGAAAUUGGAUUUAUUAAAAGACAUUACACCCAAACUGGAAUAUUUAACUACAAAUGGUAUUCUACCUGCAGAGUUUGGACAAGUUAUCACGAAAAACCCGUUUCUUUUGGAUCCAAAUAAAACCAUAGAAGAUUUGGAGGAAAUUACCGGGUACUUAAAAUCGAAAAACUUCACGCAAGAUCAGGUUUCUCUUCUCUUGGUUCGUUUUCCACAGAUGUGGAACAUGUCACUUGUGAAACUUGAUGGAAUGUUGGGGUUUUACCAAAACCUUCCAACCAACUACGAGACUAAAACCAUCUCGUUUAGUGGAGAUGAACUUAGGAACAUGGUCUUAAAAUGUCCUUCGAUUGUGGCUUUACCAACAGAGUCCGUUUAUUUAAUGAUAAAAUCAAUGGAAAUGUCGUGUGGAUUCACCAUACAGCAAAUCCGUCAAAUUAUUUCCGCCAAGCCUUCUAUGCUGUUCAGAGGUCGUAAUUACCUUCAUUCAAUUUAUCUGUUUUGUUCGAAUGAAAUGAAAUUAACCCACAAGGAAAUGGCAAGAAACCCCUUUUUAUUCGAUACCAGACUGGAGAGACUGGUAACACGGCAUCGGUAUCUUUAUGAGCUUGGAAAAGACAUUUAUAAAGACACAGAACCUGGUUACAUUCCAUUAUUUGAUGUCGUUUGCUCAACUAAUGAAGAAUUUUGUUCAAACUGUGAUAUUGGAACAAUUGCAGAGUUUGAAAAAUACAUGAGAACUCAAUAAGUGUUUAAUGUGAUGAAAAUUUGUUUUGUUUUGAGUGAUAUAUCACCAUUGUUUAUCCUGUUGUAUUAACUUCUUGUAUUUUGCAACAAAUUUCUUCUUUUUGUAAUUUUUUUCUGUUUAAAACUUGCAACAAUUAUUGCUUCCUGUUUUUUUGGAUAAAAGGAUUUUAGAAAUUAGAAAAAAAAAGAUUUUGAUCUAAGGUGCUUAGGUAACUACUGUCUUAAUAACGAAUACCAUUGAUAUGGAAAUGGAUUAUGAAGCAUCUGAGGAAUCGAGUUUCUUUUGUCUUCCUGAAGAGCUGAGUUGUCGACUUAAUGAAACAUUAAAGGAUGAUGACAUCAUCAAGAUGUCUGUUGCAUAUCAAAACUGCAUCUCUUAUCCAUGGGAAGUAUUUGCGGAAUUGCAUUUGAAGAUAUCUCAUGGUGAUGUGGAAAAUAUUGCAGCUGAUCAAGGAGGUCGUUUAUUACAAAUUCAAGAAAUGUUCAGGCGUUGGAAGGAAUCCCAUCCAGAUGGCAAAACACCGAACGAUUUGAUUGAAAUCCUUGACAAUGCUCGUCUUGUUGGAAUUAAACAGCAUUGGUUCAGUGAAUACACACCCAACAAAACAGCAUUGGGUAAUUUUAACUGUUACCGAAUAACCGAGUUUGAAAAAAAUGCUGGGCUGAACUUUAACCCUGAACAGUUCACAAAGUUUCUCUGUAAGCUGGGUGUCCAGGACAAAGAAGACUUUGUCAAAGAUCGGUCUCCAAAUAACAUUUUAAAACAACGCCUUGAUAUUCUGCACAUUUGGGAAAAUCGAGUUGGUUUUAUGGAAGCAACGUUAGAAAAACUUAAUCAAUGCAUUGAACAAGUGCUGGUUCCGAAUGGAAGGGGUGAACCCUUUCGUCAGUUAAGUAACAAAGAAUGUGCCGACCGACAACCCUUCAUGGUUCGCCGCACAGCAGGGUCAAAGAUUUCUGUCUGUCAAGGUUGUCGGCAGAAAUUUGACCAUAUGCAUGACCGGUUGGUUGUUGCUCACUGGGAGGAAGUGACCUAUAAAAAUCAUGAGGGCAUAGUGGUGAAUGAAUGGACUAACGGACACUACCAUUUAAGCUUGGAUUGCAUCAGAGUAAAGUGGCAAAACUUUCAAGGGAAAGUGAAUGCAGUUAAAGGCGUUUUGUGUUUGAAAGAUCUGAAGUUUCUAAGAAACAAAGGUUUUGAACUGGAGGAGGUUUAUGGUUAAAAGCUUGUACUGUUUGGAAGGUUUUAUUUGUGUGAAGUUCCCUGUAUAUCUCUUAAAAUUAAGUUUGUAGUAAUUAGGUUGUAUAAUAAAAGUAAUUGUGUUAAUGUUUUACCAUUGUGUUAAUUUUUAGUUUAAAUUACAAUUGUGCUAAACAUUAUUUGCCAAAUUUUAAUUAUUGUAAAUGUUCCAUGGCUAAAAAUGUAUAAACGAAAUGUAAACGUUGAUGGGUGAAUAAAACUUGUGGAUGGCUGGACCAAACAUAGAAAAUAACCAAAUUUAAACAACAGUCCAUUAUUUAAUUUAUAGUGCCUUCACUGUAAUAGGUACUUUUAAUUUUUUUAUAAAAGUUUUAAUAAAAUAUGUGCUUUUAAAGCAAAGUUCCUGUAGUGUUGUAUGAUCCUGUAUGCUGCUUAAUGUGUUUGUUUCGUGAUAUAAUGACACUUAUGCAUUACUCACCAUUGCUUUGUAUCAUCAGAA